GAGAACCCCACGCGGGAGCUUCUGGAGUCUCCAACCACCGCUUCUCACUUCACUGGAGAAGGGGCUGGGACUGGCAGAGAGCUAAUAAAGAGUGAAUGAGCUGCAGCCGCUGUGGCGGCCGGAGUCAGCCCAAGCGGCACCCGAUCCUUGCGCUCGGGAGGCGGCGAGGGGAGGCGGUUCGCCUUGUCCCUCCCAUCCGCCCCUCUUUCUCUCUCUUCCUCCAGCUGGUCCCAGAACCCGGGUCGGUCCGGUCCCUCUAACCCCAUCCCGCACUCUUCCACCUCCUCCGCGUCCCACUCCUCACCUAGGGCUCCCCGAACUGCCAUGGGUUAGGGUGGGGGCCUCGAGCCGCGGGAAGGACCAGCCCUGUGCAUCCGCCGGAGGGCGCGUAGCCCGAACGCCGCUCGCCCUCGCGGGCGCCGGGCAUGGGGAGCGCGGUGUGAGCCCGCACCCCGGGAGGACACAGGCGCUGGGGAGACGGGCUGAGGAGGAGGAGAGCGGUGGAUUGGGAGGACCCAAGGGAGGAAGGAGGGAGAGAAAGGAGGGUGGGGAAGCCAGGGAAAAGUGAAGCUGGGAGGAGAAGGCGGCGGAAGGUGGGGAUUGAUGCUUCUGUUUUUUGUUGCCGCUGCUGCCCUCGCGCUGGGAGCCGAGCCGGAGGGAAGGCAGUGGAGAGAUGAUUGCAGAGUUGGUGAGCAGCGCUCUGGGGCUCGCCUUGUAUCUCAACACCCUAAGUGCGGAUUUCUGCUAUGAUGACAGCCGUGCUAUCAAGACUAAUCAGGACCUUCUCCCAGAAACGCCAUGGACGCACAUUUUCUACAAUGAUUUUUGGGGAACUCUGCUAACCCACAGCGGCAGCCACAAGUCCUACCGGCCGCUCUGCACGCUUUCUUUUCGCCUGAACCAUGCCAUCGGAGGACUGAACCCCUGGAGCUACCAUCUCGUCAACAUCCUCCUGCAUGCGGCAGUCACUGGUCUCUUCACGAGCUUCUCCAAGGUCCUCCUUGGGGACGGAUACUGGACCUUCAUGGCGGGCUUGAUGUUCGCCUCUCACCCCAUUCACACCGAGGCAGUGGCCGGAAUCGUGGGUCGGGCUGAUGUCGGGGCCAGUCUCUUCUUUCUCCUCUCCUUGCUCUGCUACGUUAAACACUGUUCUACAAGAGGCUACUCGGCCAGGACGUGGGGCUGGUUCCUGGGGACAGGACUGUGCGCCGGAUGCAGCAUGUUGUGGAAGGAACAAGGGGUGACUGUUCUCGCGGUCUCCGCAGUGUAUGAUGUCUUCGUCUUUCACAGGCUGAAAAUGAAACAGAUCCUACCUACCAUUUACAAAGGGAAGAAUUUGUCUCUUUUCCUCAGCAUUAGUUUGUUAACUCUCUGGGGGACUUCCCUUUUGGGUGCCCGUUUAUACUGGAUGGGAAACAAACCACCGAGCUUUUCCAACUCUGACAACCCAGCUGCUGAUUCUGAUAGCCUUCUGGCUCGCACGCUCACCUUCUUCUAUUUGCCAACCAAGAACCUCUGGCUGUUGCUCUGCCCAGAUACCCUCAGUUUUGAUUGGUCAAUGGAUGCCGUGCCUCUGCUCAAAACAAUUUGUGAUUGGAGAAACCUACACACUGUGGCCUUCUAUAUUGGACUCCUCCUUCUUGCCUACUGUGGUUUAAAGAGCCCAAGUCUGGACAGAGAAUGCGAUGGGAAAUUUGUAACAAAUGGCAAGCAGAAUGCAAAUGGACAUAGCUGCCAUUCAGAUGUGGAGUAUCGAAACUCAGAGAUUAAGCCCAGCUUUGCAUCCAAAGUAGAAAAUGGCAUUAAAAAUAAUGUAUCACAGAGAACACAACUUCCUUCUACAGAGAACAUUGUUGUUUUGUCUUUAUCUUUGUUAAUAAUACCCUUUGUUCCUGCCACGAACCUGUUUUUCUAUGUCGGCUUUGUCAUCGCAGAGCGAGUAUUGUAUAUUCCUAGUAUGGGCUUCUGCCUCCUCAUUACAGUGGGUGCCAGAGCCCUUUAUGUGAAAGUCCAAAAGCGGUUUCUCAAGAGCUUGAUUUUUUAUGCUACAGCUACAUUAAUUGUUUUCUAUGGACUCAAGACUGCAAUCAGGAAUGGAGACUGGCAGAAUGAGGAAAUGCUCUAUAGAUCAGGGAUCAAAGUAAACCCCGCUAAAGCAUGGGGUAACCUUGGAAAUGUUCUGAAGAGUCAGAGCAAAAUUUCUGAAGCUGAAAGCGCCUAUAGAAAUGCUCUGUACUACCGCAGCAACAUGGCUGACAUGCUCUAUAACUUGGGGUUACUUCUACAGGAGAACAGCAGGUUCACAGAAGCAUUACAUUAUUAUAAAUUGGCGAUCGGGAGCAGGCCUACACUGGCUUCUGCAUAUUUAAACACCGGUAUUAUUCUCAUGAACCAAGGGAAGACAGAAGAAGCCCGACGCACAUUCCUAAAGUGUUCUGAGAUUCCUGAUGAGAACCUAAAGGACCCUCAUGCGCAUAAGAGCUCGGUGACCAGCUGUCUGUACAACCUGGGAAAACUCUACCAUGAGCAGGGGCACUAUGAGGAAGCCCUUAGUGUAUAUAAGGAGGCAAUUCAGAAAAUGCCCCGGCAGUUUGCUCCCCAGAGCUUGUACAACAUGAUGGGUGAGGCGUACAUGCGGUUAAGCAAGCUCCCCGAGGCAGAGCAUUGGUAUAUGGAAUCACUGAGGUCCAAGACUGACCACAUUCCUGCCCACCUCACCUAUGGGAAACUACUAGCUCUGACAGGUCGUAAGAGUGAGGCUGAAAAGUUCUUCUUGAAGGCUAUUGAGCUGGAUCCCACCAAAGGAAACUGUUACAUGCAUUAUGGUCAAUUUCUUCUGGAAGAAGCUCGCCUCAUAGAAGCAGCCGAGAUGGCAAAAAAGGCAGCGGAACUGGACAGCACGGAGUUCGAUGUGGUCUUCAAUGCUGCCCACAUGCUCAGACAGGCGAGUCUCAAUGAAGCAGCUGAGAAGUAUUAUGACCUGGCAGCCAGGCUGAGACCUAAUUACCCGGCUGCGCUGAUGAACCUGGGAGCCAUCCUGCACCUCAACGGCCGGCUUCAGAAGGCCGAGGCCAACUACCUGCGGGCGCUGCAGCUCAAGCCCGAUGACGUCAUCACGCAGUCCAACCUCCGCAAACUCUGGAACAUCAUGGAAAAGCAAGGCCUCAAGACUUCCAAGACCUGACACAAGAGGGCAGCACCUCGUCCUCCUCCAUAUGUUACAGCUAGCUUCAUUAACCAAUAGGACUUCCCAGCAGCGCUAUGACAAGAGCUAGUUUGGACUUCAAGACCAGGGCAGAGGUCACCGAGGUCACUGCCACUCCCGGGGAGUAUCCACUUUGCUGUUGGCACAGCCAUGAACACCAAAAAUGGGGAGAACCUUGGAAACCUCCUGAUGGAUGUAAUUGUUACCCAUGGAACGAAACCAGAGCACUUAAAACAGGAUCUUUUGGCAUUCUUAAAGAGGGGACGUGGUCUAACUUUCCGAUUUUGUGCAUUUUUGAAAGCUAAUUGAGAAAUUAUAUUGUUUCUUAAACACUGUGAGAGGAAGCCAGAGUGUCCAUUCAGCCACCAUAAACUAUUAAGGUCAAGUGUUCAUAGGGAGUGAUUGAUGUGCAGAGUGAAUCCUGGGGAACUGGCCAGUUGUCCUGACGCUGCUGUCUUCCCUCUGGGACAGCCUGCUUAUCAAUUUCUGAAACUUAGAACACUUUUUUUUUUUUUUUUUUUUUAAUACUAUAUCAGGACCUGUGAGUAUCUACAGUUGUUUCCUGACUAGUGCAUAUAACAUUUUCUGAUUUGGAUGUCAGCCUUCACUUUUUGGGGGCAUCAUUUGUUUUUCAUGUUCUGAAAGAAAUAUGCAGAUUAGAGCAACCACCUUUCACACUGGUGUUGCAGGAGGGGCUGGGGAGUCCUCACCUGUGUCAGGCAGGCAUUUUUUCCUUUAAUGUCACCAAUAUCCACUCCCAACCCAAACUGCCUAGGAAGCAUUGUAUUGAUUCUUAGGCUUUUGAAAUUGCCUUUUCAAAUGGCUAAACCUGGUUAAUGCACAUGCUUAUAUAAGGAUUAUAUCAUAAGGAAGCUUAAAAGUGUUCUAGUUCCAGUAAGUAACCAGCCACUAUUAGAAAAAAAGAGAAGGUGCUUUGUGCUUUCCAGAUGUUACUGGUUAAAAAAAUCAAGUCUGCCCAAAGGAGUGUGUAAUGAUGGUUGCCAAUGACUGUGUGUUUUGGAAAAAGUUUGUAUGAAAUGUUAAUCACUUUCUAAUAGGUACCAAAACAGUAAUGCUGAUAAGUUUUAAAGGAAUUGUUUUUAUCAUAUUUUUCCUAUCUUGCUCUUCCCAAAAGACAUAAAAUUGACUUAUUUAAAACUGCAGGAGAGUGCAGCGUUAGCCUGCGUGCUUCUAGGUCUUCUGCCAAGUGCUUUUUAUAGUUGAAAACCAUUUUUCACUAGCAAAUUUGGUAUUUUAUUUCAUUACCUAUUAGUAACCACUUCAGUGAUCAUUUCAUAAGUAAAAAAGUGUAAAUGAGGUAGAGAAGAACAUUUGUCAAACAUUUUUUUGACUUGCAGUCAAACUUUGCUACUAAAAAUUAACUUUAUAAAAACAACAGUCCACUAUCAGCUUCUUCAUAGAGAAAGUAGAAAUACAAUACUCUCCAUAUUUAUUUAUUUAUUAUUCUAUCAUAGCAAAAUAAAAAAACAAAACUUGAUUCAUCAAGGCAAUUCCUUGCAAUUGAAAACUAGCUUUUCCUUCUUUACAUUCAUGCGUGUUCCAUGUAUAUAUGGUCAGUAUCCCCAUUAGUGGGAGCUGGGCAUGCAAGUACAUCAUACUAUGUUUUCUUCAUAUUUUAUAUGUUUUUCUGCAUAUCUGAAUACAGUGGGAUAAAGAAUUUAAAGUAGUGUUCCUAAGACAGUAGUGUUUUUGUAAGAAGGGCAAAUGUAGUGAGGGAGAUUUGUUGAUGGCAUUAAUAAGAAGGCCUUUCUAGUAUGUAUAGUAUUUUGUAAACAUUUCAUUGAGGGGCCAAAAGUUAAAUUAUAACUAAAUCACUGUGUUCUCAGAAUGAUAUUUAACAUUUAACAACAACAAACCCGUGGUCAAACCAAAAGUAUGGGUUGAAGUGUAUUGCUCACCUUCUACUGCAUUGGCAAUUGCAAAAAAAAAAAAAAAAAAAGUAAGUAAAUAAGGAAUUUAAUAUAAGGAUAUAGAGAUGAAUUCAAUGUCUAACAUUUUUAUUUAUUUAAAUAGUUAUUGACCUAUGAUGACUUCCUAGUUUUAACACUUUGUGUCUUUUUAUUGUCAUUGUUCUUCCUUUCAAAACACUUGGUUCUUAACAGGUUCGCUGAUUGCACAGUAGAGGCACUUCAUGUUGACCCAGUUCCCAAGGAGCAUUAAUAGUUGGGCCUGUGUCAUAAAAUGCAUGGAUCUUUAAUAACAAAAUGUCCCUGACACCUUUUAUUACAGGGCUGGGCUUAGACCAACUCGGGGGGAGGGCUGGAGGGGGGGGCACUAUAGAACAUGGUCAAAAAAUGUCUCCGCUCAGGGAUUUAUGGUGGAUUAUUGCAGACAGUGCUAAAAAUAUAGAGCACAAGACAAGUUUACUAAAUUAAAAUUUUAUUUUUUGAGAAACUCUUAUUUGUAUAAAUUAUCAAGAUUUGUAGGCUUUCCUUUUGUAGGAAUAAUUGUUUUAUGUGCCAGAGAAUUUCAAUUUUGUUUUCAACAAUAAAGCAUUGAUAACAAA